ACUUGCGCCUUGUUAGAAUCAGACAUGGCUUCAGCGGAUGCAGGUCGCUCACUUGAGCUGCCAGCCACCGACUAAGUAAGUGAAGCAGUGUUUCUUCCGCAGACUCACCUGAGAAAUCAGCCUCUGGGGCAGGCACCGGGAAUCUGCCUUGUCAGUUCUGUCUCCAGCAGGCUUUGAGGAUGAAGGCCGCGGGUAUUCUGACCCUCAUUGGCUGCCUGGUCACAGGCGCUGAGUCCAAAAUCUACACGCGCUGCAAACUGGCAAAAAUAUUCUCGAGGGCUGGCCUGGACAACUACUGGGGCUUCAGCCUUGGAAACUGGAUCUGCAUGGCGUAUUACGAGAGCGGCUACAACACCACGGCCCAGAGGGUCCUGGAUGACGGCAGCAUCGACUACGGCAUCUUCCAGAUCAACAGCUUCACGUGGUGCAGACAUGGAAAGCUGCGGGAGAACAACCACUGCCACGUCGCCUGCUCAGCCUUGAUCACUGAUGACCUCACAGAUGCGAUUAUCUGUGCCAAGAAAAUUGUUAAAGAGACACAAGGAAUGAACUAUUGGCAACGCUGGAAGAAACACUGUGAGGGGAGAGACCUGUCCGACUGGAAAAAAGGCUGUGAGGUUUCCUAAACUGGAACUGGACCCAGGAUGCUUUGCCACAGCGCCCUAGGAUUUGCAGCGAAUGUCCAAAUGCCUUUGUCAUCUUGUCCCGUUUCCUCCCAAUAUUCCUUCUCAAACUUGGAGAGGGCAAACUAAGCUGUAUUUUUAAGAAAAUAAAUAUUUUCGUUUAAA